AUGGCUUCUAAGGCGCAAGCUCAAGAUCAUAUUGUCAAGACAUCUCACGCCGGAGACCAUCCGGAGGUAGAAAUCGGCCGCCUGGAUGAACUUGAAGUUGAUCUCGACUCCGCCUGGAAGGAGGACCAGGAGUAUGACUACGGGUCGGAACACUCCCCUUUUGCUGAAGUCCGAGCAGUUGUUCCUGAAACUGACGAUCCACACAUGCCUGUCAAUACGCUUCGGAUGUGGAUGCUCGGCGUCGUCUUCACCAUUCUGGGUUCUGGGAUCAAUCAAUUCUUCUCCCUCCGUUACCCAUCUGUACACAUUGUCUCGCUUGUUGCGGAGCUUCUUGCUUAUCCAUGUGGCGUCUUCCUCGCCAAAAUACUACCGGUAAAGACGGUUCAUUGCGGACGAUUGGGCUCUUUCUGCGUGAACCCAGAUCACCAUUUCAAUAUCAAAGAACAUGCCAUCAUCGUGAUCAUGAGUAAUGUCUCUUUCGGGUACGGCAGUGCUGACUCGACCAACAUCAUUCAAGCCUCAAGCUCCAACUUCUACAACUUUGGUCUCAAAGCGGGCUUCUCGGUGCUUGUUGUGAUCUGCGCGCAAUUGUUAGGCUUUGGGAUCGCUGGUUUAGCUGCACCAUGGCUCGUGGAGCCCGCGAGCAUUAUAUGGCCAGGGGUUCUAUCCAAUUGUGCAAUGCUGGAAACCCUUCAUUCUCGCGCCAACCCCGUUGCGAAUGGAUGGAAGGUCUCUCGCUUGCGCUUCUUCCUGUAUGUCACUGCUACCGGUUUCCUGUGGUACUUCUUUCCCGGGCUCAUUUUUACGGCCCUUUCCUAUUUCACCUGGAUCUGUUGGAUUGCACCCAAAAACGUUGUUGUCAAUCAACUUUUCGGCAUGCAGACGGGACUGGGCCUGAGUCCCAUCACUUUCGAUUGGAGCCAGGUAGCGUACAAUACGAAUCCCCUUCUAUCUCCGUCUUGGGCAGCCGUCAACGUUUUCGCGGGCUUCGCAAUUUUCUUCUGGGGUGUCGUUCCUGCCCUCUACUACACGAACACAUGGUAUACUGCUUACCUUCCAAUGAUGACGGCGGACGUCUACGAUCGGGCAGGGGCCGUCUACGACACAGCUCGAGUGGUUAGCUCCCAACAUACCCUGGAUAUCGAUGCAUACAAGCAGUACUCGCCUCCGUAUCUAGGCGCCACAUUCGCAUUCGUCUACGGACUCUCUUUUGCGUCGAUCACGUCCGUCCUCACUCACAUUGCGGUCUGGCAUAAGAGCGACAUCUGGGCUGCAAUGAAGGGCAAAAACAGGCUAGACAUCCAUGCUCGGCUCAUGAAAUCAUAUAGGAAAACUCCCUGGUACUGGUAUGCUGCGGUCAUUGUGGUAGUGACCGCUAUCGCCAUUAUACUGGUCGAGGUCUACGAAACCAAACUUCCCGUCUACGGCGUUUUCCUGGCCCUCAUCAUCCCAGCCCUUUACAUGGUGCCCUGCGGAAUCGUCCAGGGCAUCACCAACGUCGACGCCAACCAGCUCAAUGUCCUCAGCGAGUUCAUCGGCGGCUACAUGUUCGAAGGCAAGCCCCUGGCCAAUAUGCUCUUUAAGAUUCUCAGCACGGACGUGGUCGGCCAGGGCGUCUACUUCGCCAUGGACAUGAAACUGGGCCACUACCUGAAGAUCCCUCCACAGCUGCUCUUUGUCGCGCAGGGGACCGCCACCAUCCUCGGGGCCCUGACCCAGGCCGGCGUCACCCUCUGGAUGCUCGGCAACAUUGACGGCAUAUGCACCGAGGACCAACCAGACGGCUUUUCCUGCCCCAACGGCCGAACCGUGUACUCCUCCUCCGUCAUCUGGGGUCUGGUCGGCCCGCGGCGCCUCUACUCCGCCGGGAAGAUCUACUCGUCUCUCCUGCACUUCUUUUGGAUUGGUGCCCUCGCUCCGGUAGUCACAUACUUCCUCUACAGAUACACCCAACGCAGCAUCUUCAAGUCCAUGAAUUGGCCUCUCAUCUUCGUGGGCACAUGGAACGUUCCGCCGGCGACCGGUAUCAACUACUCCAGCUGGGCUCUCGUCAACUUCGCCUUCAACCAUGUCAUCAAGCGCCGCUUCUUUGCUUGGUGGACGAAAUACAACUACGUCCUUGCCGCUGCUCUCGACACAGGCCUUGCGCUUAGCGGCAUCGUUAUAUUUUUCUGCAUCUCGUAUCCUGGUGCCGUGUUUCCGGACUGGUGGGGGAACACAGUAUACCUCAACACGGCGGAUGGACAGGGAGUCGCCUGGAAGCCGAUGCCGGAUAUUGGUUACUUUGGUCCACCGAAUGGAACUUGGACUUGA